AUGCGGUCCUCAACUCGUGUCAUAUCGGCUCAUAUGGCAGAUAUAAAAGACUCACAUCAUUAUCGGUACAUGAGAGAUAAUAAGUAUGAUCACUCACGCUCUGCUCGUAAUGUCCGAGCUUGGGAAUCUAGAGGGAGGAGUAAUCGCCAUAACAAAUCUCGAUAUGAGCCGUAUGCUCGUAAUCAGAAUGUGGAAUGUCAAGCUAAGAAACAGAGUAACACCCACGAGGACAACUUGACGGCAGGAAGUGAGAAGGGAGCUACUGGAGAUAAUUGUGCUAUUGUUUCUUAUGAACAAAAGCAAGGAAGCAGCAAGCGAGCAUAUGGAGAUUCUCAUCAACAUGACUUGGAGAACCUGAAAGAGGGAGAUGCGCUAAUGGGGACUAGAUUGGCCAGUGUCAUUGUCUCCAGAAGCAAUCCUACGUUAAGGGUGACAACGUCACUUUACGUAACAAGAGUGUGGCGAAGUCUUUGA